CACACACACACAGUUGUAACAAGAAUAAAUCUGUUUCCAGUACAAAAUACUAUAAUUCCCAUAAUGCUCCGCUUCUUCGGCGUUAAUUCUCGAUGUAAACAAAAGUGAGAAGAAAAGUCUAUGGUUUCAGGAUUUCUGCUAACAAUAAUCUCAGAUAUGGAACAAAGACAGCCUUGCUAUAUGAACGCUUAAUUUGAUCGACUGGUAACGUCAUGUAUGUGGCUGGGCCUGUAGCCUGCGUUGUGUUGGGCACAAUCCCCAGAGCCAGGCGGGCUUCUGGGGCCGCUUCCCAAAAGCCACACCAAGCCCACUGCUCCCCUGACCCACUGUUCCUUAUGCUAACCCUUCUGAGCAUGUUUUACUACAUCUGUCUGUGGCGCCGGUCCAUGAGCGGAACUCGGGGUGAGACGCUGACCAGCAGGCGGGCAGUGGAGUCAGGCCAGCGGGCUACCCUGCCCAUCAGCGUGGAGUUGGAACAGUAUGCCAAAGAGGUGCUGGACUUCAGCUCCCACUACGGCAGUGAGAACAGUAUGUCGUACACCAUGUGGAACCUGGCCGGCAUGCCCAACGUCUACCCCAGCUCUGGGGACUUCACCCAGACAGCCGUGUUUAGGGCCUACGGGGCGUGGUGGGAGCAGUGUGCCAGCGCGCCGCUUCCCUUCCGCCGCACGCCCAAGGCCUUCCACAGCCAGGACUACAUCGAGCUGGCCUUCGAGGAACCCGUCUACCCCACAGCUGUGGAGGUGCUGGAGACCUACCACCCGGGUGCUAUCGUCCAGAUCAUGGCCUGCUCCCUCAACCCCUUCUCCCAGAACCCUCCCACCGACGUCCGGCGGGAGGUGUUGUGGGCUGAGGAGCCCACCAAGGUGCUGACUCCCCAGGCCAGGCAGUUCUCCCCCAGCAUCAAGCAGCUGAGCUUCCCCACCAACUUGCUCCGCGUGGAGGUCAAUAGCUCCCUGCUAAAGUACUACACGGAGCUGGACGCUGUCGUCCUGCGUGGCCAGAAAGAGAGGCCCAUCCUCUCCCAUUAUAAGAUGCCCAGGAUCGACAUCUGUGACCUGAGUGACAGCGAUGAGGAACUGUCUGACCCGGGAGCCUCCUUCCGACAGGCCGGGGAUGGCAAGCACAUUAACCUAGUGAAUGGAUACUUUGAUAAACUGCCCUACGAGCAAACAGCCAUGUUGCGCAUCCUAACCUUCUGUAUUGAGCUGAGACACCUCAACCUGGGGAGCUGUGUGAUGAUAGAGGACUAUGACGUGGUGGCGAGCAUGCUGGCUGUCCGCUGCCGCUCACUGCUCUCCCUGGACCUGUGGCGCUGCAGAAGCCUGUCGGAGCGUGGCCUGGCCGAGCUGGCUGCAGGAUGCAGAUUAUUGGAGGAGCUGGACCUGGGCUGGUGCUCCACACUGCAGAGCAGCUCGGGCUGCUUCCAGCACCUGGCCCGCAACCUGCAGUGCCUGAGGAAGCUCUUCCUCACCGCCAACCGCACCGUGUGCGACUCGGACAUUGAGGAGCUGGCUGCCAACUGCCCCGCACUGCAGCACCUCGACAUACUGGGCACCCGGAUGGUAAGCUCCUCCUCCCUGAGGAAGCUGCUGCAGGCGUGUCCGAAGCUCCUCCUCCUGGACGUGUCCUUCUGCGCGCAGGUGGACGCCCGCAUUGUCCAAGAGCUCUGCGGACUCUUCCCCAAUGUGGCCAUCAAGAAGAGCUUUACCCAGUGACCUCACCCAGCCACACCCUCACACAGGGGCAGUGACACAGGGACACCGUCACAGGGACACCAGGGGGGAGGCACUACUUUUGACUAGUGGGGUGGAGUAUUACUGAAUGCCCAGUGGGUAGAAUGAACGGGGUCUGAUGGCCGAGAGCACUGAGGCCUAUUAUAAUAUGGACUAAAUGGUUAGGAGUGUUGUGUUGUGGUGACAUGAGCAUCGGCUGAACACCUCACCUACAUCUCAACACAGUCUCCCCAUGUUAAGCCGCUGAAUGCAAGAGAGAGUCUUGAGAGGAGAAACUGGUUGAAAUCAGGGCCACGGGUGCCAAAGUCGCUAGAUUUCAUUGUUGGUCAGCUUAGUAACUGACACAUCUGGUGGCGGCUGCUUGUCAUCUGUCCACCCCUCCUGUGACUCAUUUGUAAAAUGUCUGACCUCAGUGUUUUAUCUGAAUCUGAAAUCUCAGGGGUUUUAUCUUGUUCAUAUUGUUCAAUUAUUAUGUAGAUAUUUUUUUUCUUUCAGAAACCAGCAGAAGAGCCUCCUUUAUUCUGAGAGAAACAUUUGAGUCCUGUUUGAUUUGUUCUGAGACAACGGGAAUUCUGGGAAAAAUGUACAUACUGAGACAAACAUUUUUUUUAAUGUUGAAUAUUGUGCAAAUUGUAUGAUUGUAAAAUGAUAUCAAUAUCCUUAUUUAUUGAUCUUGUAAUAUAUUAUUGCACAUCUCAAUUGCUACGUUAGCAUUUCCUUUAAACUGAGACUCAGCGACACGUGCAGCAGUGUGAAACAAAUAUAUAUUUAGGAAUAAACGCUAUACAAUAGGCUGUACAUGUGAGCACCCACAGUCCCGUACAGAGCAUCUUCGCAUGUGCAUGGGAGAUCGCUUCACUCUCCUGCAAAUGUGAUAGCUGAGGGACAACUACUGCGGAGUAGAUUAGCCUCUCGCUUCACUCUCUUCGUUGUUGGGGAUAUUGGCCUGAUAUGCAGCUACUGGAAUUUGUAUAGCUGAAUCUACCUUUAAGCAAAACUUGGGAGUGUCAUUUUGAGCAGUAGCUAGCUAGUAUGUGAGGUAUUUUUGUGCCUUGACUGAAUGUGGUGUCUGUCAGUGGUUGUAAUGCUUUGCUUCCUGCCCUCUACCAAAGUUACCAUCAAAUCCCAUGUCCCUCGCUAUAGCUCAAUUUGACCAGUGAAGAAACCCAUGCAGAUCUGUCAUCUUGAUUUGACAUAUGCAAAGCCAUAUUUAUUUUAAGCAGAAUCUUAUCUCCAUCUUUCAAUUCCCUUUUUUUAUUAAGUGGCAGUUAUGUCUGCUUUUUGGAUUACAUAUGAUUUUAUCUGUGGGAACGUGGUCUGGUCACGCUCAAAUCACUAAAGUAACCUGCACAGGGAAGCUAUUGAAAAACACAUAUUAAUGUUAACAUUCGUGCAACGAACACACGCAAUCUGUCAUCCCGCUACACAAAUCUAGUUUCUCUCCUUUGUCCGGUCACUAGCUGACCAAAGUCACCACAGUUUUCGCCACAUUGUAAUGCUAAUUUUAUUUAGGGGCAUUUAUUGAUGUGGACCUGCUAUUUUUUGCAUUGAUGGACUUUUCCCCAGUCAGUUUUGGAUGCGUGUGUGUGUGGUCAAACUUAGUGCCAUUUGUAGAACCUUUAGUAAUGUACCCUUAACCAAGUGUGAAUGUCAGGUGUGGUGUCGUCAAGACUCACUGGCAGAUAACCACUCGAAAGUGUUGAAAAAGGUUGACCCUGUACUACAACGAAACUGGGUGCUUUAAUUUGAAAUAAAAUGAAGGUUGAUGACUGAGACUAUGUAUUUAUCCCCAACUGUAUGUCCAUUGAAAUGCCAGGGUCGACUGCCCUGUAUUUCUGGCUCAUAGUGUACAUGGUGCUGACAUUACACUGCCUUGUUUUGAUCAC